GGGCGCCCAGACUAUGGGCAGUCGGGAGGUACUGGGCCAGGCGGCCCGGCUGGCCUCCUCCAGUCUCCUCCUGCAGGUGUUGUUUCGAUUGAUCACCUUUGUCUUGAAUGCAUUUAUUCUUCGCUUCCUGUCAAAGGAAAUUGUUGGCGUAGUGAAUGUAAGGCUAAUGCUGCUUUACUCAACCACCAUCUUCCUGGCCAGAGAGGCCUUCCGCAGAGCAUGUCUGAGUGGGGGUUCCCAGCGAGACUGGAGCCAGACCCUGAACCUCUUGUGGCUAACAGUUCCCCUGGGUGUGUUUUGGUCAUUGUUCCUGGGCUGGGUCUGGUUACAGUUGCUUGAAGUGCCUGAUCCUAAUGUCAUCCCACACUAUGGAACUGGAGUGGUGCUGUUUGCUCUCUCAGCAGUAGUGGAACUUCUAGGAGAGCCCUUUUGGGUGUUGGCACAAGCACAUAUGUUUGUCACGCUUAAGGUGAUUGCUGAGAGCCUAUCGGUAAUACUCAAGAGCGUCCUGAUAGCUUUUCUUGUGCUAUGGUUGCCUCACUGGGGACUGUACAUUUUCUCUUUGGCCCAGCUUUUCUAUACUACAGUUCUGGUGCUCUGCUAUGUUAUUUAUUUCACAAAAUUACUGGGUUCCCCAGAAUCAACCAAGCAACAAACUCUUCCUGUCUCCAGAAUAACCAAUCUGUUACCCAGUAUUACAAGAAGUGGAGCUUUUAUAAAUUGGAAAGAGGCUAAAUUGACUUGGAGUUUUUUCAAACAGUCUUUCUUGAAACAGAUUUUGACAGAAGGCGAACGAUAUGUGAUGACAUUUUUGAGUGUAUUAAAUUUUGGUGAUCAGGGUGUAUAUGAUAUAGUGAAUAAUCUUGGCUCUCUUGUAGCCAGAUUAAUUUUCCAGCCAGUAGAGGAGAGUUUUUAUGUGUUCUUUGCUAAGGUGCUGGAGAGGGAAAAGGAUGCCACUCUUCAGAAGCAGGAGGACGUUGCUGUGGCCGCUGCGGUUCUGGAGUCCCUGCUCAAGCUGGCCUUGCUCGCUGGCCUGACCAUCACUGUUUUUGGUUUUGCCUAUUCUCAGCUGGCUCUGGAUAUCUACGGAGGGACCAUGCUUAGCUCAGGAUCAGGUCCUGUUUUGCUGCGUUCCUAUUGUCUCUACGUCCUCCUGCUUGCUGUCAAUGGAGUAACCGAGUGUUUUACGUUUGCUGCCAUGAGCAAAGAGGAGGUCGACAGGUACAAUUUCACAAUGCUCGCCCUGUCCUCCUCAUUUCUGGUGUUAUCCUAUCUGCUGACCCGUUGGUGUGGCAGCGUGGGCUUCAUUUUGGCCAACUGCUUCAACAUGGGCAUCCGGAUCACCCAGAGUCUCUGCUUCAUCCACCGCUACUUCCAAAGGAGCCCUCAUAGACCCCUGGCUGGCCUGCACUUGUCACCGAUCCUCCUUGGGGCAUUUGCCCUCAGUGGUGGGAUUACUGGUGUUUCAGAGGUGUUCCUAUGCUGUGAGCAGGGCUGGGCAUCCAGGCUGGCACACAUUGCUGUGGGGGCCUUCUGUUUGGGAGUGACUCUCGGGACAGCAUUCCUCACAGAGACCAAGCUGAUCCACUUUCUCAGGACUCAGUUAGGUGGUUCCACACUCCCUGACAAAAUGACUUGACUUCAGGGAUGCCUUGACACCUGUGGCACCUGGACCAGCUAUGGGGUGGUUCUGUGGGCAGAACACAUUUUCUGUGCAAAAGCCCUGCUGAGGCAUCUGCAGUAGAGUGAGAGCAACCCAGGAGAUGGGACGACAGAGACAACCACUGGGUGAAACACCAUCCAUUUGAAGUCCC